GUAUAUUGAGUUCCCUAGUAACUUCUCUUACCUUGUUUCCACCGAUGAAUACAAAGUUGUCAGACUAUAGUUUGGUAGUGGCAAGGAGGGAGAAAUGUUGGAAAACCCAAUGAAAGCUUUACAUCAAGGAACAAAGAAAAAACGCUCUGCGUAUCGGGCGAAAAGAUUCAACUCACCCAUCCCCAAAAACCCAUUUCAAUUCCUUCUGCAACCCUAAUCUUAUAAACAACUUCCAUGGUUUUCACAAUUUCUUCUAGCUAAACCCCUUAUCCAUGGUUUUCACAAGAUUCAAGAUGUAGUCUUUAAAAGUUUUGGGUAAAGGUCUGAUUAGAUGAUUGGUGUUACUUAAACCUAAUUUAUGGUGAUGAAUUUUUUUUCUAUUUCUUGGCUGUGGUCUUUACAAUAAAUCUAUCCUUCGAUUCAAGCAAGAUUUUAAUUCUGAAGAAUUGAUUUAACUGAUUUGAUGGUCUUUUUUACACGGAUCUGAUUUUAUCAAAAUGAUGUUGUCUACGCCUGCGGGAAGAACAAUUCGUCAUGAGCUUUGAAAUUUUUCUCUCUGUUAAACGACGGGUUUUCAAUUCAGCGGGUCCUCACUACAAGUUCCUAGAAGUACUGUUUAUCCGCUCUGUUGCUGUUGUAUGCUCAGACCAAUUUUAUAUUUCACCCUUGGAUAUAAAGAAAUUGAAGUGGCAAAUGGAGAUUUAAACAGAUGCUGCAAAAUGUGGACAUUGAAGAACCUGAUACUGAUUGGAGUGACUGGGUUUCAACCCCUGUUGAAUCCCAUGCUAUCUCUGAUCAAGACAAGUAUGAGAUUUCUUUCUUCAUCAAAGAGGGUUACCGACAAGAAGGUUUUCACUCUGGCACAUGCUCAGACUCAUCAAGAUCCAUAUCAGAAGCAUGGCUAGUUGAACAAAAUGGCACUUUUGAGACUCAUAGCUCUGAACUGAUAUCUCACUCACCACCUCAACCUUCUGAGAUACAACAGUGUUUCAGUCCUACAAUCUUCCUUGUCUCUGACAUAGAAGAAUCAGAACUCAUAUCAGACUGUGACUUGCCAAGCCCAGCCAUAAAGAGACUCAACCCUGAGCAACAAACUUAUCUUAAUAGUACAGGUAUCGGUUCUUCACCAGCUCCACAUGUUUUAAGAACAUUCAAUAAUGAAGAACUUGAUCAAUGGAUUAAUUUCUACCGGCCUGCUAAAAAUAUCAAGCUUGACAAUUUGGAACUUCCAGUAUGUUCUCCAUUUAUCAUUUCCAUCAUUUGCACGCUCAGUUCUGCUUUUAUUGAGGACAAUUCCACACAGCCUACCACUACUGCACCACCUGCAGACAUUCAACAUUGACAACACCAACAUUUACCUUUUUAAGACAUACCCAAUGCAACAAAGACACAUUCAAGGGCCGGUGGAUAUCACUUUUCUUUUUUGUUCACUCUGUUUAUAUUCCAUAUCUUAAUAUGGUAUGCUUGCUAGUCUCUCAGUUACUAAUUUUGGUCCACUCUGUUAAUACUCCAUAUCACUAUCUAUAAUAUGCUUUCUAGUUUCCCAGUUACUAUCUAGGCUGAGCUGGUGGUUUACACAUUUUUUGCUUGCUCACUCUGUUUGUAUGUCUUCAUAUAUAUAGAAAUUUACCUGGUAUUGUAUGCA